AUGAAGGUGGUGGCAUUCUUUUUGGUUGUGAUGUUCAUGGCCAGCUAUUGCUUGGCAGCAGUGCCAAGGAGGGCUAUGUUGGGACGAACGUAUGGACAAAAAGAGCAGCCACACCGGCAUGUCGAAAGCGGAAAACCCAUGGAAAAGAGUAUUGGAAAGUACCCAGGAAGCAGUUUGGACAACCACAAUAUCGACAACCACCACAGCAUACCUAGACAGCAUUACAAUGAACCCAAUGGCUCUUCUCAAGAAGAUGGUGGGGAUGGUGGAAAUGGGUAA